UCAGACUCAGCGGAGUCGCUGCAAACUUGGCAGGGGACGAAGCCCUCGCUGUUUACCGAGGCGCGUGUCACGCCGGCAUACAAAGUGGCCUCGCUCUGUAUUUUUAAUCCCGUCACGGACAUCCGAAAGCCGCUCGCGAGACCCGGCGGCACAGCGCUCGUGAACGAUUACUCUUUUCUUGCAUCCGCGUCUUACAGCAAAACUCAUUAUAGUUUUUAACAUCUGUAUGGUCUGAAACAAAGACGCGUCUCUGCGAACGGUAAAGAGAGAGAGAGAGAGAGAGAGAGAGAGAGAGAGAGGCUUCAUUAGUAACCAGAGUUCUGUGAGAUGCGUAAACUUUCCACGCUGUUGUCUGUCACCGAUGGUUCGGCUCGGAGACUCAUAUGAAGACCACAGACAUUAAUAAUUAUAAGGACAAUGGAUAACUUUUUCACAGAGGGCUGUCGUGUUUGGCUCUGGGUGGAGGAUCAUUAUGUCCCCAGCACCGUGGAUUCGUGCUCUGGUGGGGUGGUGGUCUUUAACACAGACUAUGGACAGGUGUACACCUAUAAACAGAAUGCAGUUAGCAGGCAGAGGGUGUAUCCCAUGCACAGCAGCAGUAUUUCCGGGGUGGAGGACAUGGCAACCCUGCAGGACCUGCACGAUGGGGCCAUUCUACACAACCUACAGCUUCGCUACAAACAGAAGAGGAUCUAUACAUACAUCGGUUCUAUUUUAGCAGCAGUAAACCCGUAUCAGUGCCUGUCUGAUUUGUACGAUGCCGCAGCCGUGAGGCAAUACAGCCGACAUCACCUGGGGGAAAUUCCACCCCACAUCUACGCCAUUGCUAAUGAGUGCUACAGGUCGCUGUGGAAGCGUUCGAACAACCAAUGUGUUCUCAUCAGUGGAGAAAGUGGAGCGGGUAAAACCGAGAGCACGAAGAUGAUCCUGCGGUUUCUGUCUGCAAUGAGUCAGCAGAGUGUGGAGCUCUCAACAAAAAAGACUGCGUCAUCUCAUGUGGAGCAGGCUAUUCUGGAGAGCAGUCCAAUCAUGGAGGCUUUUGGAAAUGCUAAAACAGUUCACAAUAACAAUUCGAGUCGCUUUGGGAAAUUCAUCCAGCUUCAUUUCGGCCAGCAAGGAAACAUUCAGGGAGGGAAGAUCACAGACUACCUUUUAGAAAAGAAUCGAGUUGUGCGUCAGAAUCCGGGUGAAAGAAAUUAUCACAUAUUCUACGCUCUGAUGGCCGGAACCAGCGCAGAGCAGAGGGAGGCGUUUUCUCUCUCACCUCCUGAGAAAUUUCAUUAUCUGGCUCAGUCAGGAUGUAUGAAGGACAAAGUCAUCAAUGACUCGGAGACAUUUCAGGAAGUUUUGGACGCUCUGAGGACAAUGCAGUUUGGGGAAGAAAACAUCAAGGAGGUGUUGAAGCUCUUGUCAGGAAUUCUGCAUGUGGGGAACAUUGAGUUUUUAACUGCAGGUGGAGCUCAGGUGUGCUCGAAAACAGCUAUCAGUAAAGCUGCAGACCUCUUGGGGUUGGAUUGCGCACAAUUGGCUGAAGUUUUGACCCACAAAUCAAUGAUCCUCAGAGGAGAAGAGAUCAGCACACCUCUUACUGUAGAGCAGGCGGUGGACUCCAGGGAUUCUAUGGCGAUGGCUCUCUACUCUCAGUGCUUCACCUGGAUCAUUCGUAAAUUAAACAGUCGUAUCAAUGGUGGUGAAGACUUCCGAUCCAUCGGCAUCCUCGAUAUCUUCGGGUUUGAGAACUUUGAGGUGAACCGGUUUGAGCAGUUCAACAUUAAUUAUGCAAAUGAGAAACUGCAGGAGUAUUUCAAUAAGCACAUUUUCUCCUUGGAACAACUUGAGUAUAACAAAGAAGGACUGGUGUGGGAUGACGUCAACUGGAUGGACAAUGGAGAGUGCCUUGAUCUUAUAGAAAAGAAGUUGGGUCUUCUCGCGCUCAUGAAUGAGGAGAGUCAUUUUCCUAAAGGCACAGAUGAAACGCUGCUGGAAAAACUCCAUAGUCAACAUUCUAGGAAUCAGUUUUAUACUAAACCUCGUGUUGCAGUUCAUCAGUUUGGAAUCAAGCAUUAUGCUGGAGAGGUUGUGUAUGAUGUCAGGGGAAUCCUGGAGAAGAACAGAGACACAUUCAGAGAUGAUGUUCUUAACUUACUCAGGGAAAGCAGGUUGGAUUUUGUGUAUGAUCUCUUUGAGAGAGUCAACACAUGGACUGGGCAGGACACAGGAAAAUGUGGAUCAAAGUAUCGCAGACCCACUGUGAGCUCCCAGUUUAAGAAUUCGUUGCACUCCCUGAUGUCCAACCUGAGUACCUCCAAUCCAUUCUUUGUGCGCUGCAUUAAACCCAACAACAAGAAGAUGCCUGAUCUGUUUGAACAGUCUGUGGUCAUCAACCAGCUGAGAUAUUCUGGGAUGUUGGAGACAGUUAAGAUCAGACGUUCUGGGUUCCCGAUCCGUCGAACAUUCAAGGACUUCUGCUCCAGGUAUUAUGUGUUGAUGAGGGGCAUGGCUUUGUCAGAUGACCUCAGGGGGCGGUGCCAGCUUUUGCUGCAGCUCUAUGACAACAACGGUGGCGAAUGGCAACUGGGAAAAACCAAAGUGUUUUUGAGAGAAGGUUUGGAGCUGCGGUUUGAGAAAGACAGGGAAAAGGAAGUGCUCAAAGCGGCUUCCAUUAUCCAAGCUCAUAUACUGGGCUACAGAGCACGGAGGCAGUACAAGUGUCUACUGCAGUGCAUUGUGGUCAUUCAGAAAAACUACCGUGCACUGUAUUGGCGCCGGCGCUUCCAGAUGAUGCGCUGGGCCACCAUCACCUUACAGAAGAGGCUCCGAGGUCAAAGGGCACGGCGACUUUACGCUCACCUGCUAGAGGAGAAGAGGAGGCGAGAGGAAGAAGAACAGAAGAGACGAAAAGCAGAACUGGAGGACUUAGAGAGAGAGAGACGGCAAUUGGAGUUGGAACUCCAAGCAUAUGCGGCGGAGGAGGCACGAAGGUUGGAAGAGGAGAUUCGGAAAAACAGUUUCCCUCCUUUGCCAAUCCCAGCAGAGGACACCCUACCUGCCACCUCCCCCCUCGAGUGUGGCCCUGUGGCAGAGCGCUCCCUGGUGGAGGAGGUGCUUGAUGCUGUGUUUGAAUGCGAGGUGAACCAGGCGACCCAGGUGGAGGAGAUCUUACGUUUGGAGCGUGAAAUCGAAGGUCUCCGGCGUCAAAAAGAGGCUCAGGAGCAGAGCCUGACUGCGCAGUCGUUGCAGCGUCUGCAGUCGCUGCGUGAUCAAGAGCUGCGCAGACUUGAGGAAGAAGCCUGCAAGGCCGCGCAGCAGUUCCUUACCUCGCUCAACUUCGAUGAGAUUGACGAGUGCGUGCGCAACAUAGAGAGUUCGCUGGAGGGCUCGGCCGGCUCGCAAAGGGGGGGAGGCAGAGGUGAGGAAGAGGAGGAGGUGGAUGAAGGGCUGGGGGUGGAGGAAGAUGGUUUUAAAGACUCUCCUAACCCUAGCGAGCACGGCCACUCGGAUGGCCAACGCACAAGUGGAAUCCGCACCAGCGACGAUUCUUCCGAGGAGGAUCCUUACGCCAAUGACCGCAUGCCCCCACCUCCAGCUCCGCCCAUUAUAAUGCCAUCAAUGUUUUAUUCUCCGCCCUCUUGCAGCAGCUCCGCCUUUUCGCAAAUGCUGCAGGAAGAGGAGGCCGAGCUAAUCCCUCCUGAUGAAGACUCGGAUUACGAUGCGGAUGAUUAUGAUGAAGGGCUCAUCAUGAGACCGCCCAGCCUCCCGCCUAACAAUGAACACUGGUCACGCGAGCACCGCAGCUCCUUGGCGACGAGCACCAGUGUGAGUUCAGGAGCGUAUCGCUUUAGCUCAGAAGGGCAACAAUCUUCUUUUGAGGACAGUGAAGAUGAUUUUGAUCGGUUUGACACCGACGAUGAAUCUUACCGGCGUGAUUCUGUCUAUAGCUGCGUUACUCUCCCCUACUUCCACAGUUUCCUUUAUAUUAAAGGUGGCCUGUUAAACACUUGGAAGCGUCGCUGGUGUGUGUUGAAGGAUGAAACCUUUUUGUGGUUCCGGAGCCGACAGGAAGCUCUUAAACAGGGCUGGCUCCUGAAGAAGGGGGGGGGCUCCUCCACGCUCUCGCGUCGCAACUGGAGACGCCGCUGGUUCGUCCUGCGACAGAGCAAACUAAUUUACUAUGAGAACGACACAGAGGAGCGGAUGAAGGGCAUGCUGGACAUGCAUCAAGCCAAAGAGAUUAUUGAUGUAACAGGAAAGGAAAACGGGAUUGACAUUGUAAUGCCGGCGAGAACUUACCACCUCAUUGCAGACACAGCAGAGGAUGCCAGUCAUUGGUUUAGCGUGUUGACUCAGGUGCACACAUCUACAGAACAGGAAAUACGAGAGAUGCACGAUGAACAAGCGAAUCCUCAGAAUGCCAUAGGCACGUUAGACGUGGGAAUGAUUGAUUCUGUCUGUGCGUCUGAUAACCCAGAAAGGCCAAACUCAUUUGUGAUAAUCACAGCUCAUCGGGUGUUACAUAGCAUGGCUGAGUCAGCAGAGGAAAUGCAUCACUGGAUCACGUUGCUCCAGCGCACAAAAGGAGACACACGUGUCCAGGGUCAGGAGUUUAUUAUCAGGGGUUGGCUAUAUAAAGAGAUCCGCGGCAGCAGUCAUGGGAAUCUUAAACUGAAGAAGCGCUGGUUUGUGCUGACCAAUAAUUCUGUGGAUUAUUAUAAAAGCUCAGAGAGAAACGCCCUGAAAUUGGGCUCUCUGGUGCUUAAUAGCCUGUGUUCUGUGAUCAUCCCGGACGAGAGAGUCUUCAAAGAGACCGGCUACUGGAAUGUGAGCGUGUUUGGUCGCAAGCAUUCGUACAGGUUAUACUCUAAACUCCAGACGGAGGCGAGUCGAUGGGCCAGCGCUGUGCAGACAGCCAUCGACAGCAAACCACUCAUGGAUACACACACACAGCAACUUAUACUGGACAUCAAGGAGAACUGUUUGAAUUCAGAGGUGGUAGAGCAGAUCUAUAAGAGGAACCCAAUACUUCGAUACACACACCACCCUCUACACACAGCACUGUUGCCCUUACCAUAUGGAGAUAGCCAACACAGCUCCGAUAACGGGAGAAACUACGGCACACUGCAGGCCGAAGCCCUGAAGCUCUUCAAUGUUCUUCACCAGCUGGAAAACGAAAACAAUCCCAUACCUCACAUCCAGAAUCUCCUGCAGACGGUUCAUGACCUGCGGCCUCUCAGAGAUGAACUCUUCUGCCAGCUCAUCAAACAGACCACACACCCUCCGAAGCCUGCCACCCCAGCCCACAUCAGCGGCUGUCGAAUCAUAGCCUGCAUGUGCUGCACAUUUAGCCCCGCCUCCAGGAGCAUUCUCAAAUACCUGAAAUUUCACCUCAAGAGGACACGAGAACUGUACCCGGGCACAGAGAUGGAGCGCUAUGCUGUAUUUUCUCAAGAUGCUUUGAGGCGCGUGCGUGGCCGAGAGUAUGUUCCCUCACAGGAGGAGUUGAGGGCCAUUCUGAGCAGACAGGAAAUGACAUCAACAGUGUACUGCCAUGGCGGAGGAUCCUGCAAAAUUACUAUUAACUCACACACAACUGCAGGAGAGGUAGUGGAGAAGCUGCUGAAAGGUCUUUCCAUGGAGGACUGCAAGAAUAUGUUUGCUCUGUUUGAACAUAAUGACACAACAGAUAGAGCCAUAGAAAGCAGGACUGUGGUAGCCGACGUCCUCGCCAAGUUUGAAAAGUUGGCGAGUAAAGGGGAGGAAGGAGAGAGUUGGAAGUUUUAUUUUAAACUCUUUUGCUUCUCUGAACCUGAAAGCGUUCCUGCAGAUAGUGUGGAGUUUGCCUUCAUUUUUGAGCAGGCUCACGAAGCUGUAAUCAGAGGUCAAUAUCCUGCCCCAGAAGAGACGCUGCAGUUCCUGGCUGCUCUCCGCCUGCAGUAUCUAUUAGGAGACUACACUACCCAGAAUGCUUUGCCUGAGUUGGAGCAGGUGUUCCCUAUGGCCCGUCUGCGUGCUCGAGUACAGCAGUCCGCACGGACUUUCGCGUCAGGAAGCGGCAGCAUCGCAGCAUCCACUGACAAGAAAAGGGGUAGUUUCCUGGAAGGUACGCUGAGGCGGAGCUUCCGAGGGUCAUUGGGGCGACAGCGCCAAGGGGAGGGGCCCACUGCCAUAGAGGCGUGGCUACAAGAUGAAAAAGCAGGACUGAUAAGCUGUUUGGUGGAGAAAUGGCGUAAACUGCAGGGUAUGGAACAGGAACAAGCUAUGAAAAAAUACAUGAGCCUUAUUAAAGAAUGGCAGGGGUAUGGCUCCACCCUCUUUGAUGUAGAGUGUGUAGAUGCCACGUAUCCAGGAGAGCUGUGGUUAGGUGUGAGCCGUAAAGGGGUGUGUGUGUAUAAGCGUGGAGAGGCGUGGCCUCUGGAGGUGUUUCUUUACGAGGUUAUUUUGUCCUUUGGUGCGCCACAGCCCAACAUCUACAAGAUCAGUGUAGAAGGACGUGAGCUGCUUUUCAACACCAUCAUGGUGAUGGACAUCGCAAAACUCAUGAAGGCCUACAUCAGUCUAAUAGUGAAGAAACGUUUCAGCACUUGUCAAUCCAUCAGCAGCCACGGCAGCAACUGGUGAUCUCUGACCCCUAACCUUUAACCUCACCACUAUAUUUUAUACAUGUGCCUUUGAGGUUAUACAUCAUCAAACAGGACUGAUUGAAUAUAAAAUCACGGAAAAUGCGUGACCCUUCAACCCAGUGCGCAAAGAAUCACAUGUUAACCAAAGAUGACAUCAUGACGUUUUCAAAACAGACAGUAUCAUGGUCCUAUACAAACACAUUCAGUUGUGUUGGAAACUGUGCCAUGCAUAUAUUCUGUGCACUGAGCCCUGUAAUUUGCCUUAAUACUCCUGAUAUUUUGUAUUAACAUUUUAUACAAAAGUCCAAUCACAUUUCUUUGGAAUUCUGCGGGCAGAAACUCCAGUCAGUAAUAACCAGUGCCUAUAAAAAUACAUAAAAAUGUACAAUGAUAUGCAAACACACACAGAAGGUGCCCUAUAAGUCUGUUUUAUAUAUGUGACAGUGAAUAUGUGCAAUGUUUAUAUGUUAUAUAUUUCUGGAGCUGUAUAUUUUCUAAACCUCUCUGUGCAGGACUUUGAUAAUACUGUUGGAAUUAUCCCAAACUUCCUCUGCUGGUUUUGUACUUUAUGCCUAUAAAAAUCACUAAAACAACAAGUAUAUCUUU